UGAUACCAAAAAACUCGAGGGUCUUAAUUUGCAUGAAAUGUCCACCGAUCAUCCACCGCAUCUCCCGCCACCUCCACCGUAUAAAAGCCCCGCCACCUCCCACCGUAUUCUUCAUUCUUGAGCACUUGCAAUUUCUCCUCUAAUUGUUGUCUAACACAAUUAGAGAAGAAAAAAUUGCUGCAAUAAACUACAAGAAUCAUUAAUAAAACUCGACAGCCCCCAAAAAAAAACAGAAUUAAUAAAAAAUGGCACGCCAUUUGAUCGUUCUUGCCCUCCUCUUCUCCGCCGCCUUUGCCGCGGCGGUUUCCGCCCAAUCCCCAUCUGGCGCCCCAUCGGCAUCGCCCGCGGCGGCUCCUUCAAAACCGGCCUCCGCCACCCCCACCGCCGCCCCAAAGGCGGCAGCGGUGCCCGCCUUAGCCCCCACCAAGGCCGCCACUCCGACGACGGCUGUCCCUACCUCCGCCGCCGCGCCGGAGGAGGAGGCGGCAUCUUCACCGGCUCCGGCCAGUGACGCCUCCCCCGCCGCCGCCCCCGGUGGCUCUCCGGCUGAGGCGCCCGCUGCUGAUGCAGCUGAUGCGGCUAAGCCGGCAGCCGAUACCCCCGCUGGUGGCGCCGCCGCUUUGGAGGUCUCAGCCGUCAUGGGCACCGCCGCCGCCGCCGGAGUCUUCUUGUUCUAAAUGUAUGACAAAUUUCUUUGAUUUGUUUUAAUUGUGCUUCUAAUCAGAACGUUUAGAUUUGCCUAUCGAGCCUCUAUUACAUUAGUUAUUUGGUAUAUUAAUAAAGAGUGCAAGAGCUUUUUCA